AGGAGGAGGAGAGACAGAAAAAAGAAACAACACCCGACAACUAGGAGGGGGGGAAAGAAAGAAAGAAAAGAAACCCACCCACCCACUCAAAAAAAAAAAAAAAUCUGUGGCGCGCCGCCUGGUUCCCGGGAAGACUCGCCAGCACCAGGGGGUGGGGGAGUGCGAGCUGAAAGCUGCUGGAGAGUGAGCAGCCCUAGCAGGGAUGGACAUGAUGCUGUUGGUGCAGGGUGCUUGUUGCUCGAACCAGUGGCUGGCGGCGGUGCUCCUCAGCCUGUGCUGCCUGCUACCCUCCUGCCUCCCCGCUGGACAGAGUGUGGACUUCCCCUGGGCGACCGUGGACAACAUGAUGGUCAGAAAAGGGGACACGGCGGUGCUUAGGUGUUAUUUGGAAGAUGGAGCUUCAAAGGGUGCCUGGCUGAACCGAUCAAGUAUUAUUUUUGCUGGAGGUGAUAAGUGGUCAGUGGAUCCUCGAGUUUCCAUUUCAACAUUGAAUAAAAGAGAUUACAGCCUCCAGAUACAGAAUGUGGAUGUGACAGAUGAUGGCCCAUACACAUGCUCUGUUCAGACUCAACAUACACCGAGAACAAUGCAGGUGCAUCUAACUGUGCAAGUUCCUCCGAAGAUAUAUGAUAUCUCAAGCGAUAUGACCAUCAAUGAAGGAACCAAUGUCACCCUCACUUGCUUGGCCACUGGGAAGCCAGAGCCCUCCAUUUCUUGGCGGCACAUCUCCCCAUCAGGCAUUACACUUGAGCUAAGGACACAGAAACAAAGAAAAGAAGAUGUCACUACACUGUUGGACAAUGUCAAAAUCUAUGACCAGAAGAGGACUUCCAUCUCACAAUCAAAAUCAUUUGAAAAUGGACAAUAUUUGGACAUUUAUGGAAUUACAAGGGACCAGGCUGGGGAAUAUGAAUGCAGUGCGGAAAACGAUGUGUCCUUCUCAGAUGUGAAAAAAGUAAAAGUUGUCGUAAACUUUGCUCCUACAAUUCAGGAAAUUAAAUCGGGCACUGUGAUCCCCGGACGCAGCGGAUUGAUAAGGUGCGAAGGUGCAGGUGUGCCGCCUCCGGCCUUUGAGUGGUACAAAGGAGAGAAGAAGCUCUUCAAUGGCCAACAAGGAAUUAUUAUUCAAAAUUUUAGCACAAGAUCCAUUCUCACUGUUACCAACGUGACACAGGAGCACUUCGGCAACUAUACCUGUGUGGCUGCCAACAAGCUCGGCACAACCAAUGCGAGCCUGCCUCUUAACCAAAUUAUUGAACCUACUACCUCUAGUCCUGUCACAAGUCCAGCUCCAAGUACAGCCCAGUAUGGAAUUACCGGGAGCGCUGACGUUCUUUUCUCCUGCUGGUACCUUGUGUUGACACUGUCCUCUUUCACCAGCAUAUUCUACCUGAAGAAUGCCAUUCUACAAUAAAUUUAAAGACCCAUAAAAGGCUUUUAAGGAUUCUCUGAAAGUGCUGAUGGCUGGAUCCAAUCUGGUACAGUUUGUUAAAAGCAGCGUGGGAUAUAAUCAGCAGUGCUUACAUGGGGAUGAUCGCCUUCUGUAGAAUUGCUCAUUAUGUAAAUACUUUAAUUCUACUCUUUUUUGAUUAGCUACAUUACCUUGUGAAGCAGUACACAUUGUCCUUUUUUUAAGACGUGAAAGCUCUGAAAUUACUUUUAGAGGAUAUUAAUUGUGAUUUCAUGUUUGUAAUCUACAACUUUUCAAAAGCAUUCAGUCAUGGUCUGCUAGGUUGCAGGCUGUAGUUUACAAAAACGAAUAUUGCAGUGAACAUGUGAUUCUUUAAGGCUGCAAUACAAGCAUUCAGUUCCCUGUUUCAAUAAGAGUCAAUCUACAUUUACAAAGACACAUUCUUUUUCCUUUUUUGAUAAAAAAGCAAAUAAUAUUGCCUUCAGAUCAUUUCUUCAAAAUAUAACACAUAUCUAGAUUUUUCUGCUCGCAUGAUAUUCAGGUUUCAGGAAUGAGCCUUGUAAUAUAACUGGCUGUGCAGCUCUGCUUCUCUUUCCUGUAAGUUCAGCAUGGGUGUGCCUUCAUGAAAUAUUUUUCUCUUUGUCUCCAACUAAUAUAAAACAUUUUGCUAAAUCCUACAAUUUGUAAGGAAAAAAAUAAACCACAAUGAUAAAGUUAAACUAUAUUCUAUCUCUAAAGAACAAAGGAGCUAUUGGAUUGUAUUUCUUCAUUAUCAGUGGGGUUUGAGAGUGUUGCCCCACAAUAACUCCGUUCUUGGGAUGAAAAACAAUUUAAUCACAUAGAAGAGUAAAUGUACCAUACGAUUUCUUUCGUUGAAGUUAAAUGUUAGAUCUACUGUGGGAAAUAAUUCCCUUUAAAAUGACAGCACAGUCCACUCAAGGGAUUGCUGAGCAAGACAGUAUCUUUUUUUCUUUCACUAUUUCAAGCUUAAAUUUUUAAGAUGGUUUGUCAGAGAGGACACAAAGUCCUAUCACCUAAUAUCACAUGAGUUGGUAAGCACUCAAAACUAAUUUGGUUUUGUGAUAGAUAAGUUAUUAUGACAGAAACAGUGCUCCUGCAGACAGGAGCAUUUUGCAUAUUUUCUAUCUGAAAACAUCACUCAGUUGAUAAUCUGGAAUGCAUGUUACAUUGAAAAAGUUCCAAAAUAUUUUAUAUCAAAUAUUCUAUAUUAGUAUACAGAAGAUCAAUCCCUGAAGUAAAUAACUCUUUAAUAAAAUCUUUCUUUAUAACCAUUUCAGUUCAAACAAAUGAAGCCAAAAAAAAUUACCAUGCUUUAUUUCUUCUUACAUGAUAUAUGUAAGAUGUGAUCAAAUGAAGACAGACACCAGUGAUGAGAAUAUCUUAAGAUGUAUUAAUUAUUCAAUUACUGUGAGUAUUCAUUUUUUUUCUACUUAAAGAAUGAAAACUACAUUUUUGAAGGAAAAUUCUGUGAGUCUAACUAUUAUAUUACAGGAAUAGGCUAAUGGUUUACUCUUUACCAAAGAAAGACCAUAGCCUUGAAAGCCAUGUUACAGGUCUGAUGAAGUUGCCAAUUUCAGCACACCUACAUUUCUACAGAUAGUCAUCUUUUACAAUCAUACCAACAACCCACAUGCUACUACUAAGAUUAGAUAUAAGAAAUUUUACAGAGGUCACACAUAUUUAAGAUAGCUAAUAUUUUGCCCUAGAAGUGAUGACUUGAAAAUUAUGAUUUUUUUCCAAAUAAAAUUUAAAGACAAAGUAUGCCAUAAAUCUAUUUUAAUUAGAAAGAUGACUCAUAAAUUAGGAGGCAUAAAUAUAGUCUUCCCACAAAAUGGCAAUAAUAUGGCAUAAUGCUCUUAAAUUUACUAGCUGUAAUAAAACUAUGAUGUUUUGACUGAUAUAUUAAAAUUGGCUUUAAAAAUAUAGCAUUUAAAUAUAUUAUAUAUUUGCUUUUAAAAAUAUUCUUUGUGAAAUUGGCGAGUAAACUAAAAAUACUUUUUUUUUUGUAUUGCAGCUUUAAAGUGGCACACUCCAUAAUAAUCUACUUACUAGAAAUAGUGGUGCUACCACAAAAGUGUUAACCAUCUGUACAUUGUUUGGGAGAAAGAAACAGAUCAAGAAUGCAUAUUAUACAGUGACCGUUUUCCUAGAGUUAAAAAUACCUCCUCUUUGUAAGGUUUGUAGGGUUAAUGUGAGGUAAAUUGAGGUAUAAACUAUGGAUGAACCAAAUAAUUAGUUCAAAGUGUUGUCAUGAUUCCGAAUUUGUGGAGUCUGGUGUUUUUCCCAUAGAAUGUGACAGAAGUACAGUCAUAGCUCAGUAGCUAUAUGUAUUUGCCUUUAUGUUAGAAGAGACUUUCUUGAGUGACAUUUUUAAAUAGAGGAGGUAUUCACUAUGUUUUUUCUGUAUCACAGCAGCAUUCCUAGUCCUUAGCCCCUGGACAGAGUGAAAUCAUGAGUAUUUAUGAGUUCAAUAUUGUUCAAAUAAGGCUACAGUAUUUGCUUUUUUGUGUGAAUGUAUUGCAUAUAAUGUUCAAGUAGAUGAUUUUACAUUUAUGGACAUAUGAAAUGUCUUGAUUAUUCCAUUUUAUCAGUCCUGACUGUACAAGAUUGUUGCAAUUUCAGAAAAGCAGUUUUAUAAAAUUGAUUUAUCUUUCAUUCUAAAAUAAUUUCUUACACUAUUCCUUUCAGCAUUGUGUUUUCCACAAGUUUCAUUUGUGGGAUUCCUUUUGUUGCCCCAAAAUUUUUGUCCAAGAAAGAAGAAAAGAAAAUAAAGAGCAGUUGAGAAAAAAAAGAUAAAGACAGAAAAGGAGGUGAAGACAAAGGAAAUAGAAGAAAGGAAGAACAGAAAGAGGAAAAAAGAGGAAAAGAUGAAAGAUAGGAGAAAGGACGAAUGAGAGGGAGGCAAGAAGCAGAAUGUUAGGGUAGUUAGCUUUUUCAUUUGCAUUCUCGGUUUAAAUGCAAGUGGUGUAAUGUAUUUUACAAUUAUCUCAUUCAACACGUAAGUCCUGUUACACCAUUAAGUUUCUAUUAUGCAGCAAUUAUAUAAUGAAAAGUACUGCCCAAGUUAUAGCAUUGUGUGAUUUUUUUGAGACACUAAGAUUUGAGAGAGAGAAUUUCAAACAUAAAGUCACUUUUGGGGGAUUUAUAACUUCACUGAAAAUUAAUGCUUCAUCAUAACAUUUAAGCUAUAUCUAGAAAGUAGACUGGAGAACUAAGAAUAUUACCCAGAUAAUUCAGAACAAAAAUAUAUAUAUAUAUAUAUAUAUAUAUAUAAAUACCCCUAUGUGUGAAGUCAGAAAACUCUGAAAAGCUGAAUUAUCAAAGCCAAUCAUCUAUAUUGAUCAAAUUACUGAUAAAUUGUUAAUUUAUCCAUUGUAUUUAGCUUUGUGACACAGCCAAAAGUUACCUAUUUAAUCUUUUCAAUAAAAGUUGUUUUUUGAAAUCCAGAAAUGAUUUAAAAAGAGGUCAGGUUUUUAACUAUUUAUUGAAGUAUGUGGAUGUACAGUAUUUCAAUAGAUAUGAAUAUGAAUAAAUGGUAUGCCUUAAGAUUCUUUGAAUAUGUAUUUACUUUAAAGACUGGAAAAAAAUCUCUUCCUGUCUUUUAGUAAAACAUCCAUAUUUCAUAAUCUGAUGUAAAAUGUUGUACUGUUUCCAAUAGGUGAAUAUAAAGUCAGUUUAUCAAUUAAAUAUGUAUUUGACUCAUUUAAAAACUCUUAGUUAAAGAGAAAAAAUGGAAGAAAUAAUAAUUUAAACAUG